CAUUCAACACUAACGUAGUACUAUAAUAACACUGUCUCUAUCCACCCACUGUACACGUAUACACGUAAUAUAUAUAUAUAUAACUUUGUCGUUUUCUGAAUAUUUCCAUUUUUUCUUUACCUUUGUCUGAGUCAACAAAAUCAACCCUUCAAAAAUUCUAUUAUUAUUAUUAACAAUAAUCUUCCAUCAUCAUCAUCAUUCUUCUUUUCUCCCUUCAAAUUUUCAAUUCAAUAACCCGUUACUUUCUUUUGCUUUUAUUGCUCAAAAAGCUUCCAACUUUCGUUUUACGACGUCGUUUCAUCAGCUUCUUUGGGGUAUGAUCUUGUUCUUUCUGUUUCUCACUUUUCACAAUUUUUCCUUUGAUCUUUGAAGGGUAAUAUUGGUAAUUGGUCUUUUUUGGGGUUUGAUCUUUUGAUCAUUUCCUUCAAAAGAUUUUAUAGUUUUUAAAGCUUAAUUCUUGACCUAGGUUAGGUGUAUGAGUAUGAUCAUGAUCAAUUGAUCGUUAUCAAUUGUUGACCUAGGUACCAAAUUGUAGAAUUUAUGAUAAUACAUGUUUCAGCUAUGAUGAAUAUCUUGUGAAAUUUGUAGAUUUUAAUUUUUAGGGGCUUUGAUUCGUAGUAUAAUCAAAGCUUAAUUUGUUUUGCACUGAACCUGUUUGAUAAAAAUCGUUAGUGAAAAAUGUCAUCUGCUGGUGUUACUACUCUUAGUCCAGUGGAUCCCACUGAGCCAUUGUUGUCUCCAAAUGCAUCCCAUUUUCCAUCUCAUUUGCCUUUUGAGGACCAAUCCAUUUUCAUAUUUCUUUCGUUUUCGGGUUCGUUGACUCCUAUCCGUGUUAUGGAAUGGGAUACUAUUGAGUCUGUCAAAUUCAAAAUCCAAAGGUCUGAGAGUCUUCCGUUUUUAACUAACAAGCAGAAAUUGGUUUAUGCUGGUCGUGAACUUGCCCGAAGUGAUUCUUUACUCAAGGACUAUGGAGUAACAGAUGGAAAUGUUUUGCAUUUGAUAAUCAAACUAUCAGAUCUUCAGGUUAUCAAUGUGAAAACAUCUUCCGGAAAGGAAUUCUCUUUUCAGGUUGAACGAGGUAGGGAUGUCAAGUACAUAAAGCGACGGAUUUCUAAAAAGGAGAAACAGUUUGAUGAUCCUGAGGAGCAGGAACUUGUGUGUAAUGGGGAACGGUUGGAGGAUCAGAAGCUUAUUGAUGAUAUCUGUUGCAAGCAUAAUGAUGCAGUGGUGCACAUGUUUGUUAGAAAAAAGCAUGCAAAAGUUCAUAGAAGGCCCCUUGAGCUGUCAAUUGUAGCAACAGACUUGUCUGAUAAGACUAAAGAUGUUUGUGGUAGAAAACUUGAAGUUGGCGAUGAAGAAGAUACUGAUGCCACUCAGAGAGUGGUGCCGAGAAAGCUUCCUGAUAGUGAUUUUCUUUUGGAGCCGAUUAUAAUUAACCCUAAAAUUGAGUUAGCUCCAGUGAUUCAGAAUAUGGUAAACUCUACAUACGAUGGACUAGCUGGUGAGAAAUAUCCCAUAGGUUCGGCAGAAGGUACAGGGGGAGCUUACUUUAUGCCUGAUUCAACUGGUCAGAAGUAUGUGUCUGUUUUUAAGCCUAUUGAUGAAGAACCAAUGGCUGUGAAUAACCCUCGAGGUCUUCCAUUAUCACUAAACGGUGAAGGCUUAAAAAAGGGUACAAGAGUUGGUCAAGGCGCAUUCAGGGAAGUUGCGGCUUAUGUUUUGGAUCAUCCAAUAAGUGGACGCCGCAAAUUAUUUGGUGAUGUGAAGGGUUUUGCUGGUGUUCCUCCAACAUUGAUGGUCAAGUGCUUGCAUAAGGGAUUUAACCAUCCAGGAGAUUUGAUUGCUAAGAUUGGAUCCAUGCAGAUGUUUGUGAAAAAUAGUGGGAGCUGUGAAGAUAUUGGUCCUGGGGCUUUCCCGGUAAAGGAAGUACACAAAAUUAGUGUACUGGACAUAAGACUGGCAAAUGCAGAUAGGCAUGCUGGGAAUAUUUUGAUCAGCACAGAGAAGGACGGUGACCAAUCUGUUCUGAUUCCAAUUGAUCAUGGAUACUGCUUGCCCACAAGUUUUGAAGAUUGUACCUUUGAAUGGCUUUACUGGCCGCAAGCCCGGAAGCCAUAUUCCACGGAAACUAUUGAGUACAUAAAGUCACUGGAUGCUGAAGAAGAUAUUUCCCUUUUGAAGUUUCAUGGAUGGGAUCUGCCAAUUGAAUGUGCCCGUACUCUUAGAAUCUCAACCAUGCUUUUGAAGAAAGGGGUUGAGAGGGGAUUGACCCCUUUUGCAAUUGGAAACAUGAUGUGCAGGGAAUCAUUGAACAAGGAAUCUGUGAUAGAGGAAAUAGUUGAAGAAGCGUUGGAUUCUGUUCUUCCUGGCACAAGUGAAGCUACAUUGAUGGAUGCUGUUUCUCAAAUCAUGGACCAGCGUCUUGAUAAGAUUUUCAACUCUCCUUUUUAAUCAGAGUUGAGAUCUGCAUUGGUUGCAGAGUUUGUGUUGUUUCAAACUGCUUGGUUGUGCUUGCUAAGAGUGAAAACAUGGAUGUGAAAAAUGAAGUGGUUGUUACAAUGUUUGGAU